GCAUUCGGGUAACCAUGGGUACGAAUCCUAAACUAUGAACUUAUACACAAAUAUGCACAUACAUACUGUUGUCUAUUAAAAAUUCUCAAUACUUGUAACUGUUCUAGCUUCAACAAUCCACACAAAUAAAAAUAGCAAACACAUAAUAAUUGUUCUUGCUUCUACAAUCCACACAAACAUAAUAAUCGUCUUCAUCUUCAUCAUCAAUAAUGAUAGCUAAACUCAAUUUCUCAAGCUAAUCUAAAUUUCUCAAGGGAAAUUGACCCUUUGGUUAGCGGGGCGGGUAUAACGGGGCGGGUAUUAUCGAUUACCAUACCCGUACCCUACCCUUUAUUUUGAAAUCGGUGUAUUACCCGUACCCGUCCCUUAACCCGUCAAAGCGGGUAAUUACCCUCGUUGACCGGUUACGAGGUAGGUUACCCAUGAUUCCCUACUACCCUCUCUUUCGCUCGCUCGAUCUACCGCCACACGACGCAAACGUCACGAGUGGGGGCUCUUUUGUUUGGUCAUCCGCUACUUUUUUGCUCUUUCCUCACCAUUAUUAUUCCCAUUUUGGAAUCUCUCUCCCUCUCAGUCUCUCUAUCUCUCUGUCUCUGUUGUUCUGAGUGCGUAGCGUAGUUCGACGAUGUCUAUAGCCACUUCUCAGAUCCGCCUCCUUUCUCGAAACCAGCUCUGAUUCCCUCACUAUCCCUCUAUUCUCCACCUCCACCUGGUAAUACCCACCUCAAUUAUUAUAUAUAUUCCUCCCCUCUAUUCCAUCGUCCCCUUUUGCUCCUUCAUUCCCCUGCUUGCUGGCUUCUCCUCUCUGGCAUAUCGACAGCCAUGGAAUAUUCAUCUGGGUAAUUUGUUUUUCUUCUUCUUCCUCCUGUUAUUGCGUAAGAAAGGGAAAAAGGCUUUUGGCUUCGUCUCUCCGUGGCUUCAAUUGGGGUUGACUCUGUUUUCCUGUUUUGGCUUUCAGAUUUUCUGGAAUUCCGUUGGUUGUUGUUCUUGGGCAAGUUCUGAGCUUUUGUUGAAGGGUUUUACGUUUUCGGUCUUGUUUAUUCUGCUGAGUUCUUUUUUGGGGUUUUGGGCAAGGUUGACUUUACGAAUUGGGUUGGUUUGUCUGCUCAGAAUAAGCUUCCCUGUUUGCCAUGGAUGAUUGACUGAACCCUGUGUUUUUUCAUUGUCAUGGAGCUGUUAAAGUUUACUUUUUUUUACUCUUUGCUAUUCUUGGGGUGAAAUUUAGUUUCAGAUCUACUUCCUUGUUACCAGCUACUUACAGUCCUUGUAUGUCCUUUCCUGUUAGGCUUUUUGUAUAUGUAAUCUGUGACCCUUGUGUUUAGGGAGAAACGAGUUAGCUCUCACCAUAUGCCAUGGAUUCAUAAUUCUUACAUGGCAAUUGCAGUUCUUGUCCUGAACUAGAUAACUUGCUGACGACUCGCUUGUUGGUGGAUUUUUUUCACUAAUUAUCCAUUCUGCUGUGGUUCUUCCAGAAAUUCUUGAUUUGAUCUUGUUUCGGUCGCAUGGUGGCUCCUCCAGCAUCACGUCGCUUUGUUCGCCUAUCAUUUCAUUCACGAAUUCGUCAUUUCCGUAUGCUCUCUCUUUCUCUUAAUGUUCAAUUCAUCCAGUUUCCUGUUUGAUUCUUAGAGCAUGAUAUUCCAUUUUCGAUAUUUAGGGUUGUAGGUAGUUUAUGUCUUGUGGAGAGCUUGAUUUAGUAUUGUCCUUUGUUUGCUUGUUUGUGUACCCUCGUGUCCAUUUCCUUCAACUUGAACAAUGCAUAAGUUUUUCAACCAAACCUUGAGGGCGAAAAACUAUAAAUUGUGGUCCUCUGAUCAUGUCUUAUCUGUUUGCUGCAGACGUGAAUGAAGCUAAGGAAAACUGAAAGGAGCAGCAGAGGCUCCAAUGUUGUUUGGACUUCGGUUUUGACUGUCCAAAUUACAGGCUUCUACCCUCGAAACGUCGUCAGAUAUCAGUGACUCGAAGAUGGAUAGGUUAGACACAUCGGGCUUCGUAAGCGGUGGAUGCUGCUGCUCUCACUUCAUUCUCAAAGCACUUGCAUAGUAAUAGUAUGCUCUGAAAACUCCUCUCUCUGUGCUAGCUAGUUUGGCCUCUAAAAUUCUCCAGCACUACUAAUAAGCUCAACAAAGAACAUGGACCUCAGCUUCAACAACAGCAACAGAGUUUCUCUGGACAAUGAACAUGUGAAAAGUGACACCACCUUGCGCUUGAACUUUCUCGGUUAUGGAGCAAACCGUGUUGCCACCAACUCCAUCUCCAGAUUUGGCAGUGGCACUCAGAGCAAUCUAAAGAAAGAUUUCUGUAACAGCAUACAUGACGAUGAUGCGUGCAAAUUGGUCCUCGGGUUGGGUCCCACAUCGAGCACAUACAGUGGCGAUUUCUCCAACAAUGUUGGGGGAACUGUUGCCAACCCCAAAGGCUCUCCUCCUUUUACACUUGGGGGUGAUUCGAUCUUAAAGCUCGGCCUUUCUGGAGUGGGGCAAGUUGCUAAUGAUUCCUUCAGUGGACUCGAGAACAGUUCAGUUACAGAGAUGAAUCAAGCACCUGCUGUUAACAAAAGAAGAUUCUCCUUCCCAGUUUUGGACGAAGGCUCCACUUCAGCUAAGAAAUCAGCUGGUGGAUACAUGCCUUCACUUCUCUUGGCUCCCAGAAUGGACAUUCGAAAAGCUCCACUGCCACAGACAGAAGUCAUCGACUUCGAACUCAGUCACGAGCCAUCUGCCACCACGGAUUUCUCUUCAGCUUCCGAGCAAACAACUACGACAGCUACAUCUGGAAGCCACCGCGGCGUCACCAAUGCAAAGAAAUGCAGUUUCUUCGGAUGUUCUAAGGGAGCACGUGGUGCCACGGGGCUCUGCAUUGGCCAUGGCGGAGGCCAAAGAUGCCAGAAGCAAGGCUGCAACAAGGGCGCCGAGAGCAGAACCGCAUAUUGCAAGUCCCACGGCGGGGGAAGAAGGUGCGAGCACUUGGGCUGCACGAAGAGCGCCGAGGGAAAGACCGAACUCUGCAUAGCCCACGGAGGGGGCCGUAGAUGUGGGUACCCCGAUGGAUGCACGAAAGCAGCACGUGGCAAGUCGGGGCUGUGCAUCAGACACGGCGGAGGGAAGAGAUGCAAGGUUAACGGCUGCACUAGGAGUGCAGAAGGACAGGCAGGGUUGUGCAUUUCUCACGGUGGAGGAAGGCGUUGUCAGCAAGAAGGGUGUGCCAAGGGCGCCCAGGGCAGCACAAAGUACUGCAAAGCCCACGGUGGUGGGAAGAGGUGCGUGUUUGCAGGUUGCACGAAGGGCGCAGAAGGCAGCACUCCGUUGUGCAAAGGUCAUGGUGGAGGGAAGAGGUGUUUGUACGAUGGUGGUGGGAUUUGUCCGAAGAGUGUCCAUGGUGGCACCAACUUCUGUGUGGCUCACGGUGGAGGGAAGAGGUGCGUGGUGCCCGGCUGCACGAAGAGUGCUCGUGGCCGGACUGAUUGCUGUGUCAGGCACGGUGGAGGGAAGCGGUGUAAGGUCGAGAGCUGCGGGAAGAGCGCUCAGGGGAGCACGGACUUCUGCAAGGCCCACGGAGGCGGGAAGAGGUGUUCGUGGGGAGGGGAAGAAGCUGGGAAAUGCGAGAAGUUUGCGAGAGGGAAGAGUGGUCUCUGUGCUGCUCACUCGAGCUUGGUGCAGGAGAGGGAGAUGGGGAAAGGUGGAAGUAUGAUCAGACCGGGGCUGUUCCGCGGGCUCGUUUCGGCAGCUGCUGCUGCUUCAACGGCCGGCGGGAACACCUACAGUUUCUCCGGAGGGAGCGGGGUGUCGGAGAGUAGUGCUGAUGGUGGGUCGUUGCUGGAGAAGCCGGCGAAACGACGGCACCUCAUACCGCCGCAGGUGCUGGUUCCGCUUUCGAUGAAACCGUCGGCUGUGGCGUCCACGUAUUCGAGAGAUGGAGGAGCUAGUAGCGAUGGGCUGAAGAGAGGUGUGGGUGAGAUGAUGGUUCCUGAAGGGAGAGUCCAUGGUGGUGGGCUCAUGUCUCUGUUUGGCGGGAACCUGAAGAAUGCUGCCAUUGAUGGGGUUUGAAGCUUUUCAAAGGAGGGGAAGCUCUGUGUCGCUCUUCCUCACUUGGCCAAAUGGUGAUUCAUAAUUUGCAUUCAAAUGAUUGAUUGAUUUGGGAGCUAUGCACAAAAGUGGGGUGUUUGGUGCAUGGUUUUCCAACUCAACUGUGUAUAUUUGGCUGUUGAUAAUUUUAGGUUAGGAGGAGUCUUGUGUUUGUGUUGUGCCAUAAUGUUGUUUUUGGGGGACGUCUGUUCUUUUCUUUCAUAUUUCCAGUUCAAAUGGUCUGGUUUUUUUGGCAAUAAGCUCCCUCAUUUGAAGGGUGAUGUAGUAAUCACCCGCAUCAUUAGGUCUUACAUGUGUUGUACUUUUUGUAUAUCCUCUCGUUGGAACAUUGUGAGUCACUACAUUUGUUCUUGCUUCAGGAAUUCGAUCUGUCACGUCUAUUUGUCGUUUGCU